CGCGUCAAAAAAGUGUUCAGGGGGAAAUUGCUCAGGCUCGCAAUGAACUCCUGAUAAAGACUCCCUCGCAGGAUCUUUCAAGGCGAAGAGCUUAGUGCCAACGUGGCCAAGUUGUCCUUAGACAAUAAGCUACUGGUGGCAUGAUUGGCAUCCUUGGUAGUCUCGCUUUACUUGCGCUGCCGUUGAGCUUGACUCAAGCAGUCUACACUGAGCCACCCAAAUGUAGCGAGGAAGGUCUAUUCAGCCCAAAGCCAGGCGAUCCAGCAACAACGCCAAGCAAGAUUUUCACAUACUUUGCUUACGAAAAUGGUGCUUCAAAGAACGAACCAACAGUGCUCAUCUACCCUCAUUCAUUGCCUGCGCGCUUCUUUUGUCUGCAAGGACCAGUGUCCCCUUGGAAUAAGACCUUGGUGUGGUUUUGCGCUGAGGAUCAGCUCCAGUGGCCCGACUGCACAGACAAGCACUGCGUCGUUCGACCCAGAGCCGGCAGAUAUGAGUUGACAUGCGGUGUGCCAGUGGAUGGCCGCAACGACCAUGACAAGGAUCUUUGCGAUGUCCCAUUCACGAUUCCACGAGAAGACUUGGGUGCUGCAUCUGCACGAAUGGUCAUUUCGUUCUAUCCCUUUCUGGCUAUGGACACAAGCGAAGGUGUUCAAACGAAGAUCCCGUCAAACACGACCAUCCGCAUCACGCAGGCGCAAUUGAAUGACGAGUCGUUUCGCAACUUGUUUUGUGCUUUUGGCCCUGCUCCUGGCGCUGGUGCAGAUGCAGCUCACGGGACAUUGUAUUGCACUUCCAAUCCCUCUCAAGUCCCUGCCUGCCUCCAAAAGUUCUGCUCAAUCGAUACUGUCGUCUUGGACCAGCCACCCGGUAGCACUGUACCAGGCGAAAAGCGUUUCAUGUUCAAGUGUGGUUUCACUCUGGCCAAUCACUGGUCCCAGGACUGCUUGGGUGGUAAAGCCUUUGCCCCUCGCUUUGGAAACAGUGGCUCGUCAAUCAAGUACCGCCAUUUUGGCGACGGUGAUCUUGCUAGUCCUCCCAAACCUGCAGAUUUUGAUAUCCAAGGCGACUUGAUCACUGCUGAGUACGGUGCCUUGCCAUUCACCCUCUUCUGUCUCCGGGCAGUGAGUGAUAUCGAUGUCGACGGCACAGCACCCUGGCUGUGUGUGUACGAUAUCCGCGAAUGGCCACAAUGCGUCGCCAAGCACUGUGUUUUCGGUGAAUAUGACGGGUUCAUUUCGUCGAAUUGCGAUGUGACCAAUGACUCCAGCAACCAGCUCGAGCCAGCAUGCGAGGACAAUAAGUGGUGGGUGCCAACGUCGGGGACCAUGCAAAACUCGUCCAGGCACUCUUUCGUUUACUAUCCCUUUGGUGCAACGGCCGAAACGAAACCCGCCACUGUCACUGCAGACGCGGCCGACGCUGGAACUGAGCAUUCCUGCGCCUUGGCAGCCGCCCCAGACAGCAAGAUGACUACAGCUCCGCAUGGGACUUUGUACUGUGGAGACCCCAAUUCGAAAGACUGGAUAAAGUGCAUCACAUCUCGUUGCCUCAUCAAGCUCCAAGACUCUGGUUCAUCCAAGGCUUUCGUGGCAGACUGUGCUAGCAACAUUGAAACAAUUGGCAGUGGUAGAAAAGCUGGAUCUUCUUGAGAGCUGCGUGUAGUUAUGCUGGCCAUAAAUCAUGCAUCGUAGUCUUAGUCUUAGUCUUAGUCGUAGUCUUAGUCUUAGUC